AUGGUUCACAAAUCUGUGUUUGUUACUUCAGUAGUUUAUAUAAUUAUAAAAAAAGCGUUAAUAGCUUUUUUUUUUUUUUUUUUUGCGAUAUUAAAAGACAUAUACAUAUAUUGUGCUUUUACUUUUCUUGUUCUUUUCGAUUUGUUUUUGCAUCAUUUUCAGAUUUUUUUUCUUUUUGACCGUGCAUUUACCUAUGGCUUGGAUCAUUUAACCAGGCGGACUCCAAUUCAAGUACGUUUUAGGCGCAACAGGUUUUCUCGAC